AUGCCGUAUCAUUAUGCGCCUACUCCUGGCUACAUGCCGCAUAUGAUGGAAAUACCCCCGCAGCAUGGUCCUCAUGCACAUCCCAACUCCAUGUAUGAUGCUUCAGUGCAGCCUGUGCCCCACGAUGUGCAUGGAAUGCCAUCCUCAACGAUGCCUCAGCCACUGCCACCGCCGCAGCCACCAACACCAUACACUGCAGUACCCCCUUCUGCCCAGCCGCCGUCAGGGAGUGUUGCUGCUGCUGCGGCAGCGGCAGCUGCAUCGGGAGCACCUCCGCCGGUCAUGCAUGCUCCCGUGCAUAUGCAUUCUGUACCAUCACAGUCUUCCAUUCAUACCCAUCCUCAUGCUCACGCUCAUACCCAUCCUCAUGCUUAUGCACAGCCCCAACCCCCUCCACCGCCACCACCACAGCCGGCUCUUUUGCCACAAGGCCAACCUGGGGCUGUGGCAUUCGCGGCACGCCCUGCGCCUGUUGUGCCUACUAGCGGGCCCACACCGACCGUCUACCUAGCCACCUACUCGUCUGUGCCGGUGUAUGAAAUUACCGUGCGUGGCAUUGCGCUCAUGCGUCGUCGCUCGGAUGGGUAUUUGAAUGCGACGCAAAUCCUCAAGAUUGCCGGCAUUGAAAAGGCGCGGCGCACACGUAUUCUCGAGAAGGAAAUCCUCACAGGUGAGCACGACAAAGUGCAGGGCGGCUACGGCACGUUUCAAGGCACAUGGAUCCCUCUUCAACGUGCGCAAGAGCUUGCAAUCAGCUACAAUGUGUACCAUUUGAUCCGACCGCUGCUGGACUUUGAUCCCACUGCAUCUCGCGCUGUUACUGCACAGCAACAAGGUGCGAAACGCAAGGCCGAGAGCUCGGGAGCGGCUGCGCAUACGACGGGAGCCGUGGCGGUAGGCGCAGGUGCAGGCGCUGGCGUUGGACCAGGGCUCGUUGCAGGAAUGCCAGGCUCAGCGCCCAGCGUCGUUCCUGGCUCAUCAGGCGGCAGCAGCAGCUCUUCCAUCACGCCCAUGCGGGCGCCGCAUCAGCAACCCCGUUUCCUCACAUUGCGCCCGCCACGCUCCAGCACACUGGGUGCCACUGCUGGUGGUCUUGUUCAUACCCUUCCCCGGGACGAUGAUCUGCCCGCCAUGCACGCUUCUGAGGGUGUGCCACCAGGCUCUCAUCCCACGCAACGCACAGCUCUCGAGUCCUAUGCUACACAUGGAUACACACCACAGGGCGUGCCGCUUCCGCCAGCCGAGAAUGCUGCUUCGGCUGCAGGCGCUGGGUCAGAGCCGCUGCGAUCGUCUGAUGCAAAUGCACACGUCCAUGAUCUCAAUGUGCUCAGCGCGACACCAUUGCACAGUGCUGCGCCUCCAUCGACGUCGGUCGAUGAGCCUGCGGAGGUGAAAGGGCCACGUUUUGCUGACAAGGCUGUGCCGCCACAUCUGGGCGAUGAGCGCGAGCGCCGUGCUCGCGAGGUACUGACGGGUCUUUUUGUGCAUGAGUCGGUUCAUGCAGGAGCUGCGUCGGCUUCGGCCACGUCCAAAUCACCUGCUGCAUCGACAGGUGCCACAGCGGCAUCUUCGUCCGACGCUCCGCUAGAUCAGCUGCAUGCCCUGCUUCAUGAGCUAGGCGUGGAUCCAUCUCGACGGCAGCAUCGCUCGCCACUGAAUCUGGUCAUCGACGACCAUGGCCAUACAGCCUUGCACUGGGCUGCAGCGCUGUGCCGUCUCUCGCUCGUACGCAUGCUGACUGCCCUGCCUCCUUCAUGUGGCGGAGCCAACGUAUUUGUGGGCAACUAUGCAGGUGAGACAGCUCUCCAUCGCUCUGUGCUCGUGACGAAUGCCUACGAACUAUCUCAGCUCCCUGAACUGCUCGAUAUCCUCGCCGCGAGUCUCGAGACACGCGACCACCGGAAGCGGACUGUGCUCCACCACAUUGCGCUUGUCGCUGGACUCAAAGGACGUGCGGCGCCAGCGCGUUACUACUUGAGCUGUGUGCUUGAUCGGAUAUCGAAGGAUGCAAGCACCAAGGCCAGUUUGCUAGACGCGCAGGACGACGAAGGCGAGACAGCACUGAGUAUUGCUGCGCGGCUCGGCAAUACGAAUAUGAUCAAAAUGCUCUUGGACGCUGGCGCGCGUAAAGAUCUGCCGAACUAUCUGGGCAUUACGCCAUUGGACUGGGGCAUUUCAAAUGCGUCGCCUGAUGGUGGCGUGUUGCAAGAACUGGGCUCCUACCGGCCCGCUGAUGUGGUUCGCUCGCUUAUGAAGCCAUCGCCAGGUCCUGUCAAAAAGAGCCAGGAUGUGCGUGAGAAACUCGUACAGACACUUGAUGAGCUGCAAGUCAUCUUCGAUCGCGAAGUGAACGUGAAGCAGAAUGCGAUCGAGACCACUCAAACACACCUUCAAGCGGCGACGCGUGAACUGGCUGCGCGUCGCCGAGAUAUCCAAGCAGCACAGGCAGCCGUGACGGAGCGGGAAGAAGUGCGGCAGCGGUGUGAGAACCUUCAGCGAGCGCUCGCCUUAUUCCCUGCCGCCGACCAUCAGAGUGCUGGUCGUGACAAUGACCAGAAGAACCAGGACAGUCAGGGUGACGGACAUACUCUUGAUUUGCAAGAUCGCGUCCCACCGUCCGCUUGGUUCGAUGCACCACUUGCAGAAGCCGAUGCAGCACUCGCACAGGAUGCGAGUGAGAGUGCGCAGGUCGCCGCCAUCGUGCGACUGCGGUGGCUCCUUAUGCAUUGCGACGAGGCCAUGAAAAGUUUGCGCGCCAAUAUACAAGAGCGACAAGAUCAGGUUGCUGCCCAACAAGCACAAUACCAUCGAGUCGUCGCGUUGUGUGCGCAAGUGCCACCCGAUAAGGUCGAUGGGCUCUUGGAUGAGCUCCUGGCAGCCGUUGAAUCGAUUGGCUCUGAUGUCGAUACGAGCUCUGUUGCAAGUUUUAUGGACAAGGUUGGUCGUGCACAGUCUAUGAACAAGGAUGGUGCGGCGGCGUCUGGUAUCGCUGUCGACACGCCACAAACGCCACCGCCCUUGUUGCCUCCGCAAACCAUCAUACCGCCAGCGCCUCAGAGCUCCUAA